UGUGUCCUCUGUCCUGAAGGCAGCAAAUCGUGUGGCGGACAAGUAGACGCCAGUGGCGCCGGGUACAUCACCACCCCAGGGUACCCUCUGGAGUACCCCCCACACCAGAACUGUCGUUGGGUCGUCACCGCCCCAGAACCCUCCCAACGUGUCGUCCUCAACUUCAACCCCCACUUCGAACUGGAGAAGCUGGACUGCAGAUAUGACUACGUAGAGAUCCGCGAUGGGAACAGCGAGAAGGCAGACCUGUUGGGUAAACACUGCAGUAACAUCGCCCCUCCAGCCAUCAUAUCCUCAGGCCCUGUCCUCCUCAUCAGGUUCGUCUCUGACUACGCUCACCAGGGGGCUGGCUUCUCACUGCGGUAUGAGAUCUUCAAGACUGGUUCAGACUGCUCCCGUAACUUCACCAGUCAGAACGGGAUCAUUGAGUCUCCGGGGUUCCCUGAUAAAUACCCUCAUAACCUGGAGUGUUCCUUCAUUAUCAUCGUGCCCCCGGCCAUGGACUUGACCCUGACCUUCCUGACCUUUGACCUGGAGAAUGACCCCCUGCCCGGGGGAGAAGGAGACUGCAAGUACGACUGGCUGGAGGUCUGGGACGGUCUGCCACAAGUGGGUCCUCUGAUAGGACGUUACUGUGGAACUAAGAUCCCUCCUGAGAUGACGUCGUCUACAGGUAUCCUGUCUCUGUCCUUCCACACGGACAUGGCCGUGGCCAAAGAUGGCUUCUCUGCUCGCUACAACAUGACACACAAAGAGGUCAGCGACACUUUCCAUUGCAGUAACGCGUUAGGUCUGGAGUCAGGGAAGAUCUCUGACGACCAGAUCACUGCCUCCUCAUCCUUUUACGACAACACCUGGUUGCCACGGCAAGCCCGUCUUAACAACAAUAACAACGCGUGGACCCCAAACGAGGACAGCAGCAAAGAGUUCAUCCAGGUGGAUCUCCAUGUCCUGAAGGUGUUGACGGGUAUCGCUACCCAGGGAGCGGUGUCCAAGGAGACCCAGAAGUCCUACUACGUCAUCACCUUUAAGUUGGAGGUCAGCACCAACGGAGAGGACUGGAUGGUCUACCGAUACGGCAAGAACCACAAGGUGUUCCAUGCCAACACAGACUCGACCGAGGUGGUUCUAAACCGGAUCCCCCUGCCUGUUCUGGCCCGCUUCGUACGCGUCAGACCCCAGACCUGGAAGACAGGCAUCGCCCUGCGCUUGGAGCUCUACGGGUGUCAGAUCACCGACGCUCCAUGUUCUGAGAUGCAGGGGAUGCUGUCCGGCCUGCUGCCCGACUCCCAGAUCACAGCGUCAUCCAUGAGGGAUGUCCACGGCUCCAUGGGGACGGCCAGGCUGGUAGCCAGCAGGUCAGGAUGGUUCCCUAGCCCAACACAGCCUCUGGCCGGGGAGGAGUGGCUCCAGGUGGACUUGGGGGUCCCCAAGACCGUACGAGGCGUCAUCACCCAGGGAGUCAGGACAGUGGAGGGGAGUACCUCGGCUGAGAACAGGGCCUUCGUCAGGAAGUACCGCGUGUCUUACAGCCUGACGGGCAAGGACUGGACUUUUAUACUGGACAGAAAGACCAGCCAUCCUAAGAUUUUUGAGGGAAACACACACUACGACACUCCAGAGAUCCGUCGGUUUGAGGAGAUAACGGCUCAGUUCAUCAGGAUCUACCCAGAGAGGUGGUCUCCUGCUGGGAUAGGGAUGAGGCUGGAGGUCCUGGGAUGUGAACUGCCAGAGACCACCACUCUACCUGACACUGCCACACCGACCCUGCCACGUUUAGAGGAUACCACCGCUGCCCAAAGAGGAGAGGGCACUACUCCUUGGUCUCUGUGUGACUUUGAGUCCAGUCUGUGUGGCUGGAUCCCAGACAGCGUGUCAGAGCUGAGCUGGUCUCUCCACAGUGGCAGCCUCUCGUCUGGUCUCACACCUAGUCUGGAUCUACCUCUCUCUCUGCCCAAAGACGACGUGGGUAACUUCCUCCACAUCGAGGCCAGCCCCAGGACAGAGAGGCAGCGAGCCCGUCUGGUGAGCCCCGCUGUGGGGCCUGAGAGGGGGCCGCUGUGCCUGCUCUUCAACUACCAGCUCCAGGGGCCCGAGAACCAGGGGCUGGGGUCCCUCAGGAUCCUCCUCAGAGACAACGACCGGGAGGAGACUCUUCUCUGGGCACUCGGAGGAGACCAGGGGCCCGUGUGGAAGGAGGGACGCACCAUUCUGCCCCAGUCACCCAAAGAGUACCAGGUGGUGAUUGAGGGGUACUUUGAGCACGGAAACAGAGGACACAUCUGGAUAGACAACAUUCACAUGAGCUCUAGUACAGAGCUGGAACAGUGCACACGUAAGUCCUCCACACCUAAUCCUAAACCUCACUGCUCUGUCUGUCUGGGAGGGGCAGGCUGGCUGAAGUACAGCAAAGCACAGUCAGAGAACCAGACAGUUAGAGAACCAGACAGUCAGAGAACCAGACAGACCCAUGCCAAAUCUCCCCCUCUCCUGAGGGGGACUAGGUUUUGUCGUGCCCUCUUCAAGUCUAUCCUACAGCGUAUGGUGGAGACCCUGGACAGGUAUGGUAUUGACCCUAGAGAGCUGACCCCCCAGCAGCUCUACAGACUGGCUGUGGUGCUGCAGCUGAUGCAGGCUGAGGACAAGGACAACAUAGAGCCACUUACCAAUGAUCCAAAGAAGACUCAGCAGGUUCUUAAAAGCAGUGACACAGUGCCCGAAAAGGUAGAGAAAGCUCCCGUCCUUGUCCGUGGGCCCAAAGUGGUCCCUACCCUGGCCUCAGCUGCCACUAGUCCCCCCAUCACGGCACCUCUAGAGGGCAGCGUGACGGCCAAGGACUCCUCCGUCUCUGUGGAGGAUGUGAAAGAGAAGGUGAAAAGCUCCAAUAUCCCAGCUGCUGAGAGGGGAACAGCAGACAGGGAGAAGUAUGGAUACAUCGUCACCAACCAGAGUCCUCUCAGUCUGUAUAAUGGGGUGAAACUACUGGGCGUACUUGCAGAGAGGAUCCACCUGACUACCAGCAGCUUCAUCAACAUCAGUGUGGUGGGCCCUGCCCUGACGUUCAGGAUCAGGCAGAACCCUCAGAACAUGAGUGCAGAGGAUAUGGCUGAGAAGGCUGCAUCUCAGAAGUCCUUUCUGGAGUCUGAGACAGGGUUGAAGAUACUGCAGACUGGUGUGGGAGAGAGGAGCGAGGGUCAUGGGCUGCCCCAUGCCACGCGGGUGAGGGAGGGCUCCAGUGGGCUGGUACUGACGCUGGUGUCCAUGGCGUGUGUGGGCGGGGUGGUGGUGGUAGCAUUGACCAUCGCCUGUCUCCGACACCAUGCCAAGCAGCUGGCCUCAGGGAAACUGGGCCUCGGACCCGAGGGAGGACCGGAGACACACGUUGACUACCAGGAGCUCUGCAGGCAGCACAUGGCAGCCAAGCCGUCGUUCAGUCGUCAGGAGGCGGUGGGCGGGGGAGCGGGGGGUCGGAGGGGGACAGACACCUCCAGGGUGAGCAGUGUGUCGUCCCAGUUCAGUGACGGCCCACAACACAGCCCCUCCUCACACAGCAGUACGCCCUCCUGGAGCGAGGAGCCCGCCCAGUCCAACAUGGACAUCUCUACUGGUCACAUGAUACUGGCCUAUAUGGAGGAUCAUCUGGAGAAUAAGGACCGUCUGCUGAAGGAGUGGGAGGAUCUUUGUUCCUACCAGGCUGAACCCAGUGCUGUCACUGUAGCACAGAGUGAAGCCCACCUGGAGAAGAACCGCUGUUCGGACUCUCUUCCCUAUGAUCAUUCCCGUGUGAAAUUGAAGGCAGAGAGCAACUCCACGAAGGAAGACUACAUUAACGCCAGCACCAUAAUUGACCAUGACCCUCGACUGCCUGCUUACAUCGCCACCCAGGGACCACUGGCACACACAAUCGCUGACUUCUGGCAGACAGUCUGGGAGAAUGGCUGUACAGUGAUAGUGAUGACGACAGCCCUGGUUGAGGAUGGAGAGAUUCAGUGUGUUCGCUACUGGCCUGACGAGGGAUCCUCCCUCUACCACAUCUACGAGGUGAAUUUGGUCUCUGAACACAUCUGGUGUAAAGACUUCCUGGUUCGUAGUUUCUACCUGAAGAACGUUCAGACCCAGGAGACUCGUACCUUGACACAGUUCCACCUGCUCAGCUGGCCCUCCAACGGAAUCCCUACCUCCACACGCCCUCUGCUGGACUUCCGCAGGAAGGUGAAUAGGUGCUACAGAGCUCGAUCCUGCCCCAUCAUCGUCCACUGCAGUGACGGCACUGGCAGAACGGGAACCUACAUCCUUAUUGACAUGGUCCUCAAUCGCAUGGCUAAGGGCGUGAAGGAGAUUGAUAUUGCUGCGACAUUGGAACACAUUCGGGAUCAGAGACCGAACUUAGUCCGCACCAAGGAUCAGUUUGAGUUUGCACUGACUGCCGUGGCAGAAGAGGUCAAUGCCAUCCUGAAGGCUCUGCCACAGUGAACCAUGUGUCUACCACCUCUACCACCUCGUGUGCCAGAACCUUACAACUAGAAUUACCAUGAAAGUUAUGCAUCAUAAUACCAAUGACGGCCAUAUUGAGUGUCCCCCAUGAUUGUACCAUUCCCACUGCUGUGGUCUGACGGGUUGUUGACGAUCUAGUAAUUCUAUUUCUAUGGCCAUUAUUAACCCUUCCUCUACAUCCAGAUACACAACCAGGGAGGAACUACAUUUCCCAGAGUCCAUUACUAUUACACCAAUGACCAUAGGAGUCAGCAAGACCGUACAAACAGAUCUGAGGCCAGGCUGCUAUCAUAAUGAAAUUAAAUGAGGUUUUAAAAAAUCCUGUAGAUUAUUCCGUUCAGGCAAAAACACUUUAAAUGUACAGUAGGACCCCUUUACAGUGUCUUGUUAUUCAAUUUUAGAUUGAGAUUUGGUCUUAAAAUACUGUGACUUGAUUCUGUAACAUUUCUCCUUUCUCUGAUUCUCAGUCUCAGACAUGUCUCACUAGAGAUAUUACAAUUACCAUGAUCCCUCCUGUUCUGUUGUCAUGGAGAUGUUGUAUUACCAUGAUCCCUCCUGUUCUGUUGUCAUGGAGAUGUUAUAUUACCAUGAUCCCUCCUGUUCUGUUGUCAUGGUGAUGUUGUCAUGGAGAUGUUGUAUUACCAUGAUCCCUCCUGUUCUGGUGUCAUGGAGAUGUUGUAUUACCAUGAUCCCUCCUGUUCUGUUGUUAUGGAGAUGUUAUAUUACCAUGAUCCCUCCUGUUCUGUUGUCAUGGUGAUGUUGUCAUGGAGAUGUUAUAUUACCAUGAUCCCUCCUGUUCUGGUGUCAUGGAGAUGUUGUAUUACCAUGAUCCCUCCUGUUCUGUUGUCAUGGAGAUGUUAUAUUACCAUGAUCCCUCCUGUUCUGUUGUCAUGGUGAUGUUGUCAUGGAGAUGUUAUAUUACCAUGAUCCCUCCUGUUCUGGUGUCAUGGAGAUGUUGUAUUACCAUGAUCCCUCAUGUUCUGUUGUCAUGGAGAUGUUGUUUAAAACCACAUUGUACUCUAGAAGGUAUACAUCCAUAUAACAUAACAGCAUGAGGCCCGUGGCUUGUUUAUGCAGGAAGACAGAGACCCUCACUAUGGUAAGGAUGAAGUGAGUGACAUACUAGUGUACGAUACGCUACACCAGUUUCUCUAAGGGGCUGGCGUUUACCUCUAACAUGAUUGUCUGUUAUUAAACUGUAACUAAACCCUAGUGUACAAUACGUUACACCAGUUUCUCUAAGGGGCUGGCGUUUACCUCUAACAUGAUUGUCUGUUAUUAAACUGUAACUAAACCCUAGUGUACAAUACGUUACACCAGUUUCUCUAAGGGGCUGGCGUUUACCUCUAACAUGAUUGUCUGUUAUUAAACUGUAACUAAACCCUAGUGUACAAUACGUUACACCAGUUUCUCUAAGGGGCUGGCGUUUACCUCUAACAUGAUUGUCUGUUAUUAAACUGUAACUAAACCCUAGUGUACAAUACGUUACACCAGUUUCUCUAAGGGGCUGGCGUUUACCUCUAAGUUUAACUCUAAGCCCAAUGAUUUAUUUAUAUCCAUUUUGUAAUUGAACUAUUACUGUACACUGACUACCUAAUCACUCACAUCUGAAUCAUAUCAAUUAGUGUCUUUAAUAAUGUUACUGUAAAACCUCUGUGUUUAUUGUAAAUAAUUCACCUGAUUAUUUAUUAUAUGUUUAUUAAUGUAGCAAACACAUAGAAAACAACUAUAAAAAUAUUUUUCACUCAUCGUAUGUAAUUAAAUCUCUAUCGUGAUGUGGUGCAACAGCAUAAAGGGGUCUGACUGUGUUCUUUUCCAUUCACAUCCCAUAAUACUGAC